AUGGAACAGCUUCACGAACUGAAGCAUAAACUUGACUAUUUGCAACAGCAGGAUGCCAAUGAUGCCAUUUGUUGCGUCGAGGCCGGAAACAUUUUGGAAUUUUUAAAGAUCAAAGUUGUUGAAAAGAUACGUGAAUUUUUGUUGAAGAAGAUCUAUUUGCUACGCAAGCCGAUGGCUAAUUAUCAGAUUCUCGACAGUUCCAUGCUCAAAUACAGGUUCUAUUUUGAAUUUCUGGUCUCAAAUGAUCGUCGUAUUGCCGACGAAAUUCGUGGAGAGUACGCUGAUACAAUGAGCAAAGUUCUGUUCACCUACUUUAGAACGUACAUUGGUCAGUUGAUGAAACUGCAGCUGGAUGACGUUGCGACGAAAGACGACCUUCUCGGUGCCGAUGACAGUAGUCGCUCGACGAGCAUUUUCUCAACGCGUCAGAACCCUCGCAGCGCCACCGUGUUUACGUUGGGUACGCGUGCUUCAGUCAUCGAAGGUGACAUCGAGGCCCCUAUCAUAGUUCCUCACACGGCUAUGCAAAACUCGAAGAGGUUUCACUUCGAAGUGCUGUUCCGAAGUGCUGCCUACGCCUUGCUGGAUAACGCAUGUCGUGAAUACGUAUUCCUGUGCGAUUUCUUUAUGGUGUCUGAUAAAAGUGCCUUCGAAUUUUUCAACCAGGUCAUGUGCAAAGCGAUCAUGAUCAAAAACGUGGAGACCCAUGUUUCGAAUAGUUUCGACUGCAUAGCACUAACCCUUUGCGUUCGGAUCGUCUACCACUUCCAAGCACUGGCUAUCGAGCGCCACGUGACCGCCACUGAUGGGCUGUGGGAAGCUCUGUUGAAGAUAUUGCUGUCACGAUUGAACUUUCUGUUCAAGAUAAACGCUGAGAGCUUGCGCAACACGGACAUCCCGAAGCUUCUGCCGUUGGACAAGCGGCCUCACUAUAUCAUUCGAAGAUACGCUGAGUUUUAUGCGGCGCUUCGCGACAUCUCCUCAAAUUUUUCAGACGCCAAGUUGCAGCAGAAUCUAAAUCAAUUAGAAAAUGAGGUGAAUACGUUUCUGAUGAAAUGCGCAAAAACCUUCAAUACGGAGAAGGAUAAAUUGGUGUUUUACAUCAACAACUACGACGUGAUUUGCACAAUUGUGAGCGAGAGGAUUCCUGAAGAUCAGCUGGACAGUCAGACAUGUCGAAGGUUGCUGUAUGCUUACAUCAACGAAUACGUCGAAUUGCAGUUGGGGAACUACUUCGGAGAUUUGGUGCGAUUUGUGAACAUUUGUGAGCCUUUAGCUGAACAGAGCGAUGUGAAGAACUUAGAAUUGAACGCUGGCCUGCUACCGUCGAUAACGAAGGCGUUUAAUAGUGAAUGGAAGCAGAACAUAGAAAGGAUCAACCAAGAAAUCAUGACAAGUUUCAGCAACUUUCGAAAUGGGACUGCAAUUCUUCAGAAUGCCUUGACGUUGCUUAUUCAUUACCAUCAGCGAUUCCAGAAGUUGAUCUCCCUUCCAAUGUUUGCGAGCAGCUCUGCCAAGAACAAACUUGUGAACAUUCAUCACUUGAAGGUCGAAAUGAGAAAGUACAAGCCAACCUUCUGA